UAUUAAACAACAAAAAAUAUCCACAAAUACCAAAGAUAAUCUUAUUAAGCUUAUUCAAAGUUUAAAUAAUGAAGAAAUGAAAAACAAGAUUAUAUUCAAGAAACAAUAUAUAUGUGCCAACUAA